AUCUUUUUAUACAUCGAAGCAGAAAUCCUUUUGAUGUGGGGUUUUCAAGGAGGAAUAAAAAUGGCUGUGAGAAGUGGGAAUUUGAGUCCAUUUUUUUCAACAAAUUCGAGUUUAUUCCAUCAGCCUUUAGCUGCCGCUGCCGUUGCCGCUAAAGCAGCUCGGGUUGCUGAACAAAUUCCACCUUCAACGACCCUCUUUGUCUCUGGUCUUAGCGGAAGAACUACAAACCAAAAACUUCGUGAAGCUUUUGCAAAUUUUGGUGAUGUUAUUCAUGCUAAAGUGGUUAAUGAUCGCUCCUCUCUUACUAAUCACUGCAAAGGCUACGGAUUUGUGAGAUAUUCUAAUAUUGAGGAUGCAGAAAAGGCAAUAAAAAGAAUGAAUGGGCAGAUUCUCGUGAUUAAUUCUGAAUUUAACUUCAAUGGCGUCUCUUUGGUCUAUUCUGUGACACUGCAGUUUCUCGAUGGAAGGGUGAUAUUUGCAGAGUAUGCAAAACCAAAAGAUACCACCUCAUGAUAAGUCAUACAUAUUAUGUAACAGUGUAUUGGUUCUGCAUGAAUCAACUAGGGAAAGGCUCAUUUUCUUAACAAACAUGCCUUGAUUCUAUGCUUUUUUGUUGAUUCGAGUUC